CUCGAAGCGGGGCUCUCCACUUACAUCCAUCAACUCUCUUUCCGACAUCACCGGCUGCAACUCUGUUCCGCAUACAAGACCUUUCACUUUAAUCUCAUUUACUUCAAAGCCAUACUGAAACCAUGUUAAUCACCGAAAGCCAUGUCGAUGUCCAGACCACUGCCAAUGACAAGAACAGCACCAUGAGUAACAAAUGCAUCAAUCCCAGCUGGCAGCCCAGUCUCUAACGCCGCGCACAGGGAUAUACCUCUUUCAUCCUACAAUCCCUGGCUACCCUAAUGCCCGCUUCCCAGGUGUCUGUCUCUUCAGCGAAAUCUACCAGGUUACCGGCCCUGUGGCCCGAUUCGCUCGCCAAAUCGCCGGCCAUGGAUACAUUGUUGCCGCCCCCUCUUCAUACCACGACUUUGUAGGACCCGAGCCUCUAAAGUAUGAUUCCGCCGACACCGAUCGCGGCAACCAGUUCAAGAUUGAAAAGACGCUGGAAUCAUAUGAUGCUGAUUCCUACAAGACCGUGGACUACCUUCUCUCGCUGCCUACCUGCACUGGUCUCAUUGGUGCCACGGGAAUGUGCCUCGGUGGUCAUCUUGCCGUUCGCGCAGCUCUUGACUCCCGCAUUUCGGCCUGUGUCUCUUACUUUGCCACUGAUAUUCACAGCCGCACCCUUGGACCAAACACUGGUGCAAACACCGCCGCAGUUGGAGCAGCUGACAGCAUCCACACCCUAGACCUCUUCUCCAAGUUCAAGGGCGAAGUGGCCAUGAUCUUUGGUAUCAAGGAUACACACGUGCCAGAUGCGGGUAGAGACUUGAUCCGAGCCAAGCUUCGCGAAGCUGGUGUAUGCUUUAGCUUCCACGAAUUUGCUUGGGCUCAACACGCCUUUAUCCGUGAUGAGCUUAGCAAGGGUCGCUAUGACCCUGCCAUCACGAAGGUGUGCUUUGAGGUGCUCUUGGAACUCUUUGGUCGUGUGCUUAAGACUGAUCUUGGCGCCAAAGAAGCCGUUGCACCACCAGAGCAUGAUUGCUAAAAAUCCUCACAAUGGGGAAAUUUGAUGAGAUAAAGCAUCAUAGUCAAUAUACGAUAGUGUGUCUAAUUGAAGUAGCCAACGCCUGGUCCUCACAGAGGAUGUUCUAUACUGGGAUAAUUACAAAACAAAAAAGCAAACAACUUUCCUAAUUUUUGCUUCAUUAUGCUAAAGCUUUCUCCUGUGACAUUCUUACUGUCUGUGAGGAGAUCGCGAACGUGUCUUGGUAGGCCAGUGCACAGCACGGCGGACGCUGGACAUGGAUGGUCGACCUUGCUGCUGCUCUUCUUCUGUCAUUACCAUUGGAGACGACACCUGGUCACGGAAGUGUUGUGAUAGAGGGAUCUCUGUUUGAGCUUCCUCAUCAAACGUGCCGAGUCGGGGCCCGCCUGACUUGCUAGGGAAUCGACCAUCUACCGGAGUAGCUGAGAUUGUGUCACCAGCCUUGCGACGUCCACGCUGACUCUCUUUCUUAUGAAGAUCAUUGCGCAUUUGCUGGAUCUCACGAGAACGGAGAGGAUCGUCCUCGGCAGCAAAAUCACCAGGUGAGUUCUGCGGCUCCGAGUCUCGCGUAUCCCACGCACUAAGGGUUGUCUCAACAUGGAGAGGUCUAGUGUUGAGCUCAGAGACUGCGUGCUCUUCGGCCUGUUGGUGCUCCUUAGCUGUUUGCUCCUUGGCUGUAGGCACCAUACGUGCGGAAUCCUUGCUCUUUGCAGCAUCCUCACGACUUUGACUAGCAAAUGCAUCCGUAACAGCCACGGAGUAUGUGGGGUUGGUUGGUCCCCCAAGAGUUUCUGUUCCACCACCAGGAGCAUAGAUUGGUACUUUCUUGAGCGCCAAAGCCAACGCGCACAUAAACUUGGAUCGUCUGGUAGCACGAAUGCUGUCAUUGUGCCAGUUUGACUUAUGCUUGAUGACGAACUCGAGCGUCAUCUUGUCAAGGUUAUUGACGCUACCGACGCCGAUAUUGAAAUCAGGGUGGAAAUCGCGUGAGUUCUCAGGGGCACGGACGAAUUUCUCCAUUUCCACGCGGAGCAAUUCAAUGUCCUCAAACGACGUAUCGUAUGAGACGUUGACCUCAAAGCAUUCAAUCAUAGCCCUGCUUCGAGUAACGUUGUCGACCCAGAGGUUGUUGAGUUGAAUGUUUGGAACCUGUACAGUUUGCAUCUUGUCUGUGCGAACAAAGACUGAGUACAAAAGGGAGAUGCGCUCGACGACCAUUUGAGUCUUGUUGAUCUCAACGCGGUCACCGACAUCAUAUGGAUGCUUGACAAAAAGAAAGAUGCAAGAGCCGAGGAAUUCUUGUGUGGUUGUAGCAAAAACGAAGGACAGUGAGAGCAAAGCCGUUCCUGCAGUCGCCACAGUCUUUAGGAAGUCACUUUGGAAUGCCCACAGGAAGAUGAAGAUACUGACAAUGAGCACAAUGAAGAGCAGGACUUUGUCAAACGCCUGAAGUGCUUGGCCAAUAUCCUUCAUUCCCUCACUAAUGGCCUUGCGUUCUUUGCCGAGUUCAACAACCUUUAGUACCAUCUCGUCAAGACUAAUGUCUCCAUUCAGAUCAGCGUCGAUCAUACCAAAGGCUUCCUCAGCUUCAGCGGUAUAUUCGGGACCAAGAACCUCGUAAAAGUCUUCAACGAACAGAGCAUCGCGGCCCUCGCAGACAAAAGAGAGCCAGAUUCGACGAGCCAGAGCUUCGGAAGGCAGGCGCUUCUCAAGGGCCUCAAUGACGAUGGAAUGCGCCGAGUGCGGGUUGAAGACUUGCUUUCCAGCAAUCUCAGACGCGACGUUGCCAAAAGCGGAUGUUACCUUACCACCAAGGCGCGAGACAUCACCAAUCAGUUUCAUGGGUGUAGCGGAUCCAGUUCUUUUAUGGUGUCCAGAUUUCUUGCGAAGCAUCAUUUCAAUGCUAUCAUCAAUGAUGUAGUCUUCUUCAGCGAAUUCGGUGCAAUACAUGGGGAAUAGUGUGCGGGAGGCUUCGUAGAGCAGACCAAGCAGACGAAUUUCGUGCUUUGAAUCCUUGAUACGGUUCGCAAAGGAGCGCUGGUGAUAUGUCACGCCAAUGAUUUGCACCCAAGCCUUUUCUGCCAGGAGGACACCGCUGCAACCAAAAAGAGCCUUGAGAACGCGGUCUACAGCAACGACCCACGGGGUCGGACCGUACAAGCCUUUAACAGGAUUGUUUUCGAUAUUCAAGGCAUCCGUGAAGAUUCGGUCGAAGGAGAUGAAGGAUGCCAAGCCCCAAAAGAAGAGGGAGAGCGGGAUCUUGAGGUUUUUGAGGACAGUGGCAUACUUUCGAACGCCAGCACUAACGAUGCCGCAGAGGAACAUGAAGACUUUCGGCAACAGCCAGGCGGCAAGUUUACCGACCCAGAGGGAUAGCCACCAUAUCUCAACCCAUACGAGAAUACGGAGGGCGGUUGGACCAUCUUUUGCAACGCUGUCACCGUCCUUUGUAUCUUCUUGACUGUCUCGAUUCAAUUUAGCCCCGCCGUGGACGAGAAUGAUGAUUGGGAUCGCGAUAAAAAUGCCGAUAGGGAUUAUGUAAACCAAGUUGCGAACAACGGGAGAUGAGCUGACAACACGACGGUACAGCCUUCCCAGAGCAUUGACCUCGACAGAGUCGCCAGUGCCCUUGCGAGAGAGGCGCUCAACCUUUUUUCGCUUGCCGGCGUGCUUGUGUAAGAUAGAGCCGGUGCUCUUUUCUUCUGUCGUGGAGGAACUAGCGUCAUACGCAGAGUUUAAACGGUUAAUUGUCUGGUUGGGCAUUCGAGAGCCCGUGGAGGCGGCGCUCCUGACCGUGGUCAAAGGGAUGUCUCUCUCGGUCAUUUCGUCUGCACCACCGUCGAGAGCGUGGAAGCCGGAUCGUUGAGAUGCUCGUGGGGAGGAGAAAGUGACCAUUUGAUAAAAGGGCCCAGUUGCUCAGCACACGGCGCCCUUCGGGACCAAUUGGGGCUGCAAGUCUCAGAUUGCGACUUGGAUCGACAGGGCGAGAGGGUUGGGAUGCCUUGGUUGAAAGUUGUCUCGCUUGUGCUGGGAGGGAGACUGGGAUGUUUGUAAUGCGGUCGAGAGGUAACGGUAUGUCGGGAAUAACUGGCUGGCGGCAAUCUGUAUAGAGAUUUCAGGCGUCCUGCGCUUUGACGAUGCUGGCGCUUGUGGUGGAAGAGGGACGAGCGUCGUGGG